AUGAAUAUUACUAGGCCAUAUGCCACUUACAUAUCUGAUACAGCAGCUGUUUUCAUCAUAAACUUUAGCAUCUUGGGUACAAUAGGAAAUAUAUUGACAAUAAUUGCCUUUAGAAGUAGUAACAAAAUUCAAAAAAAUGCAACAAAAAGAUUUAUUAUAAAUUUAGCAAUAUCAGAUUUAAUAUUAUCAGCAAUUUCAUUACCAAUUCUUGCUGGACAAUUUUUAUUUGAUGAUUGGUUAUUCAACAGACCAUUAUGCACAGUUUCAUCAGUUAUAUUAUUUGGUAAUAUUAAUGUAACACUUUUGAGUAUGACUGCAAUUGCCAUAACCAGGUAUUUCAUGGUUUUAAAACCAACUGUUUAUCCAAGAUAUUUUACUGAUAAGAAUGUCAGUACUACAAUGAUUUUAAUUUGGAUAUUUAGUUACUUGGAACGUGUACCACCAACUUUUGAUUUGUGGGGAACAAUUGAUGUUAAUCCAAAAACAUUUUCUUGUGGUAGUUAUAAUCACCGACAUCAUUGGUUUGAUCCAAAUUAUGUGCUCGCUAUGAUUGCAUUUAUUACACCAUGUCUUGUUAUGAUAUUAAUUGAUUCAAUUGAUGAUGAAAGAUAUCAUCCAGAAUUACAUGUAUUACAUACAGUACUUAGUUGUGCAAUUGUUUUUAUUAAUCCAAUUAUUUAUGCUUGCUCAAAUAAACGUUAUAGAAAUGCAUACAAAGAAAUUUUCAAAAGCAGUGGUAAUGGUAGUAGUAAUCAACCAGAUAUCAGUUGCCAGACUCCACGUUGUUUGCCAACAAAAUAA